CCAUGUAUGUACUCUCCCAAGAAUUAACCAAAAAUACAAUACUAGGAUAUAAGGAUAUAUGGCUGUGUUUUACAGUUGGAGACACGUUGGAGUCUGUACGCUGUUAUGGGUUGUGAUGUCUGCUGUGUGUGUUUGGGGAAGACCCGCCACUUUUGCCCAGGAUUUUCGAGUCACGUGGUCUAAUUCCCAUCUCAGGCAAAUCGGUCGAGGCGCCAUCACCCAACUCACUCUUGAUCGAAACUCUGGAUGUGGCUUCGCUUCCUACAAAAAGUACCUGUUUGGCCGUAUUAGCAUGAAGAUCAAGCUCGUCGCCGGAGACUCUGCUGGAACUGUCACCGCCUUCUACAUGAACUCGGACACGGACUCGGUUCGGGACGAGCUUGAUUUCGAGUUCUUGGGAAACCGAACUGGUCAGCCGUACACAGUUCAGACAAACAUCUACGUCCACGGACAGGGAAACAGAGAGCAACGAGUCAACCUCUGGUUCGAUCCUUCCGCUGACUUCCAUACCUACACUAUCCUCUGGACCCAUCGCCUGGUUGUGUUCAAAGUUGAUGAUGUUCCGAUCAGAGUGUACAAGAACAACGAAGCGAGGGGGAUUCCGUACCCGAAGAUGCAGGCAAUGGGGGUGUUCUCAACGUUGUGGGAGGCAGAUGAUUGGGCAACAAGGGGAGGGUUGGAGAAGAUAGAUUGGAGCAAAGCACCAUUCUACGCAUAUUACAAGGACUUCGACAUCGAAGGUUGUCCCGUGCCAGGACCUUCGAACUGUGCGUCUAAUCCGAGAAACUGGUGGGAGGGCCCUGAUUACCAGACUCUAAAUGGAAUCGACGCUAGAAAGUACAGGUGGGUUCGUGUCAACCACAUGAUCUAUGACUAUUGCCAGGAUAGGUCACGCUUCCCUGUGACCCCACGCGAGUGCCAUCUCCCUGCUUAACCUCAUCAAUCUCUCGUUCAAAUGUCGGCAAAUUUACAGUCACUCCUUCCGGUCAUUCCAAUACAUUAUUUACGUACCUAAGUGUCCUAUUUUAUACACCAUUUUCUGUGUUAUACAUACAGGUCUAAGUGACAUAUAUACAUAUACACGUUGUGUGAUAUAUCUAUAUAUAUAUCCACACCAAAAUACAUAUGUGUAUAUAGUGAUUCUGAGACGAAGCCAUAAUUUUGAAAUCAGAAGGAGCCAAUGCCUGUGACGGCUCUAAUAUAUGCCCAUGUAUUUGUAUUUUGUGUUCUAUUAAUAUAUAAUGAAGCAUGUUCACCAUUGGGACGACGGUGGUUUGUCUUUUUAAAA